ACCUUUACCGAUACGAGUUGACAGAUCUAAUCGGAUUGUUUUUUUAACGCCCUGUGUAUGUGAUUCUCGGAGCGAUCGGUCGUCGAUUUUACGCCUCCGCGUGUCGACAAUCCUUCCACGAUAAGUGUUUGUGUCAGUGAAUGAAAGAGAGAGAGAGGGAGAUUCAAGUCAUUCGUUAGUUAACACAUACAAACACACGCAACACAGUGUAGACGAUAUAUAAACGCAGCUACAAAUAUGUUUAUUUGGGAUUGGUUCGCCGGAGUGCUAAAUUAUCUUGGAUUAUGGAAGAAGAGCGGCAAACUUCUUUUCCUAGGUUUGGAUAACGCGGGCAAAACUACAUUGCUUCAUAUGCUCAAGGAUGAUCGUUUAGCUCAACAUGUACCCACAUUGCAUCCAACAUCUGAAGAACUGUCUAUUGGAAAUAUGAGAUUCACAACUUUUGAUUUGGGAGGCCAUACUCAAGCACGUCGUGUAUGGAAGGAUUACUUUCCGGCUGUUGAUGCGAUAGUAUUCCUCGUCGAUGCGAGUGACAGAUCAAGAUUACCAGAAUCAAAAACCGAACUGGAUGCAUUAUUAACUGACGAACAACUCAGCGCAUGUCCGGUUCUUGUGCUAGGCAAUAAAAUUGACAAACCAUCUGCGGCUUCUGAGGACGAACUUAGGAAUUUCUUUAAUUUGUAUGGGCAAACAACAGGAAAGGGUAAAGUCGCUCGUAAUGAGAUACCCGGCCGUCCACUGGAAUUAUUUAUGUGCUCUGUUCUGAAGCGACAGGGAUACGGCGAAGGCUUCCGUUGGCUUGCACAGUAUAUCGAUUGAACGUACCUAUUAUUGUACACAGACAGAUUUUCGACAGAUUCGAUUUUCAUCAUACAUUUAUCUUUCCUCUAAUAACGAUGUUGAUCAGAAUUGUAAUAUUCUUCACGCGAAUCAGCAUAGGAGAGGAAUACUGUUUCACCGAUCUCAAAAAAGAUAGAGAAUCCAAGCAGUAAAACAAAUUUGAAAUUUUCCACAAAUAGAGACGAAUAUUCUCGAAAACAUUGUACACGCGAAUGAUAGGACUUUAAUUUUCUUUAUUUAACAUUGACAUGCGAACAACUCGGGCGAAGUGUCAUUCCUUCUUCGAACUCCAAUACAAAUUUCGUGGAAUCCUAUCAUUUUGCGAGUCACACUAGAUGAAUAAUCAUUAAUACGUGCUGAAAAAUGAAAUAAAAACGUUUUGAUAAAUAA